CGGGCGGAGCUCGCCCGCUCUCUCCCGCCCCUUCCCCGCUCGGUUCCUCCCCCUGCUGCCGGGAGAGGCCGCUCCGCUGCCGCCUCCGGGAGCGCCCCACGGAGCCGUCUCCCGGAGUUGGAGCCGCUCGUCUCCCGGCCCGGCCCGGCCCUCCCCUCCCGCCGCCCUGGGACUGGGGGACCUGCCUGAGCCGACCCGGCAGGAGGCGGAGGGGCUCGGCGGCCCCAAGGUAGAAGUGUCUUGACAACCAAGCAAGAGAGUGGAUUAUUUUUCAAACAAUGCUUAGGCACCUGUAGAGAUGAUUUGUGGUUCAGUCCAGCUGGAGCUGACUGAAUGAAGCUAUGGGCUGUGCAUCAGCCAAGCAUGUUUCUACUGUUCAAAAUGAAGAGGAAGCUCAGAAGGGGAAGAACUACCAGAACGGAGAUGUAUUUGGUGAUGAGUAUAGGAUCAAACCAGUGGAAGAGGUCAAAUACAUGAAAAAUGGGGGAGAAGAUGAUCAGAAAAUAGCUGCCAGGAACCAGGAAAAUUUGGAAAAAAGUGCCAAUUCAAAUGUAAGACUUAAAUCUAACAAAGAGGUCCCAGGAUUAGUACAUCAACCCAGAGCAAACAUGCACAUCUCUGAAAGCCAACAGGAAUUCUUCAGAAUGCUAGAUGAGAAAAUUGAAAAGGGUCGUGAUUACUGUUCAGAAGAGGAGGAUAUCACAUAGUGCCAAUUCUGCCAAUCAAAACAGGAAUACUACUGUGUAAAUAGAUUACAACCCGGUCAAAAUCUUUUGGAAGUCUUCUAGAGUGAGCAGCACUACAUAGCAAAAGAAGAUCAUUUCCACGUUGUAUGCUCCAUUCAAUUACAGCGUUUUUUAAAACAACAGACAAGGAAUAUUGCUAAGAACUCGUAUGGAACUGUGUUUGUUGCUGCUAGUUAAAACUUGUUGCAACUUUUCACUUAUCUGUGUCCAGGUAUGCAGGAAAUCCUUAAAUUUAAUCUGAAAGACGCUGUUGAUUUUACUAAAGUUGCUGGCCUAUUUUCUUUCGGAUGAGGUAGUGUUAUACAAAACUUCCAUAACUGAACAUUCAAGCUUCUAAGAAAUCCUCAAGCUGUUUGUCAGUCCACAGAUGGGCUGGAGUGCUUAGUAUUACUGGUAUUACUAUGAUUUCAGCCUUUGGAAAUGGGAUGUGUUUUGCCAUGACAGGCUUUGUUUCUCUACUGGGAAGAAGUUGAGAAAUUAUUGUCCAUUAAAAGCAUGUUAUCACACAAAUAGUGGAAGUGAUGCAGGAGCAGAAAUUUGUAUUUUAAAGGGGGAAAAGCUUCAUUUAAUAGGUAUCUUAAUCAAGGACUAAGCUUACCGUAUUGGCUUUUCUGAACGCAAAUGGAAGUGUGAUCACAAUCAUUUGAAUCCCUUUUUUCUAAGAAAAUAAACAUUUACUGUUUUUAUGUA